GCAUAAUUCUAGCACCAAUAACAAAACAAAACGAUCUCAAUUUCCAUAAUCUUUAAGAGAUGCGACAAAAUGUGCAUUAUCAUGCCACACUCCACUGGCACAAAGUUCCGACUCAGACGCUGUUUGGUCCUUAGUGCGCGUAGUGAUCAGGUUCAGUUGCCUAAACCUCAGUGAACUUCACUCUUGCCUGAGGUGCAUGUGGUCUGUGAGAAAUAGAGAGGGAUGGCAAAAAGGGUUUGCUGCAAGGAUUUGCUUCCUUUUGGGGCCAUGGUGACCAUGGAAUGUGUCAACGUUGCUUUGAAUACUCUGUUCAAAGCAGCCACCUUGAGAGGCAUGAGCUACCAUGUCUUUGUUGUUUAUGCUUAUGCUGUUGCUGCUAUUGUUCUCCUUCCUGCACCUUUUAUCUCCAAAAGAUCAAGGGUGCUUCCUCCACUCAGUUUCCCCAUACUACGAAAAAUUGGUCUUCUUGGGCUAAUUGGAUGCUCAUCUCAGAUUAUGGGGUACACGGGCAUCAAUUUCAGUUCCCCCACUCUCUCCUCGGCGAUAAGCAACCUGGUGCCAGCUUUUACUUUUUUGCUUGCCAUCAUUUUCAGGAUGGAAAAGGUGGUUGUAAGAAAUGUAAGUAGCCAAGCCAAGGUCUUGGGUACCAUAAUAUCAAUAACAGGAGCAUUUGUAGUGACGUUGUACAUGGGGCCACCAAUAAUCAUUGCUCAUACACCUUCCUUGUCUGUUCAUCAACCAACGCACACUCUCAAUUCGGUGGAUCGAAAUUGGGCCAUUGGUGGCCUUCUACUAACAGCAGAGUAUAUACUGGUUCCAUUAUGGUACAUUGUACAGGUGCAAAUCAUGAAGGUGUACCCCGAUGAACUAACUGUGGUCUUCUUUUACAACUUAUGUGUAAGCAUGAUGGCUGCAAUUGUAGGUAUAUUUACUGAGACAAAUGCAAAUGCUUGGAAAAUAAGACCAGAUGCAGCAUUGGCUUCCAUAGUUUGCUCUGGAAUUUUUGGGUCAUUCGUGAACAAUGCAGUUCACACAUGGGUACUACGCAUUAAGGGGCCAGUCUAUGUAGCAAUGUUCAAGCCACUCUCAAUUGCAAUAGCAGUUGCCCUGGGAGUCAUGUUCCUCGGUGAUACUCUCCACCUAGGAAGUCUAGUAGGAGCCACAAUAAUAUCGAUUGGAUUUUACACUGUAAUGUGGGGUAAAGCAAAAGAAGAGGUGGAUGAAGAUGUUACCGGCCAGGAAUCACCAACUACAGAGAAUGUUCAUGUUCCUCUCUUACAAAGCUAUAAAGCUGAAAAGAAAAUGUAUGGAAGUGUAUAAAAGACAAACAAAACUGUUCAUAAUUCGUAACAUUAUACAAAACCGCAGAAAACCAAUUUGUAAACAAAGAAUAGCAAAGUAAAUACGAGUUUAAG